UGCAGUGCUGGCAGCCAGCACUGCAAACAACUCCUCAAAACGUUUGGGACCACUAACGGUCCGUACUGACAGGUGAGCCCCAGGUGUCCAUUGAUAUCUGGGACUCUCUGAUAUGAACAGGGAUUUAAACUUGGUUGUACCAAAUAUGCAGGGCGAUUUAUGCUGCCCUAUAGGGUUUAAAGUCCACUUUAUGUAGGACAACAUAGAAUACCCUAACUGCGUCAAGGGGUUAAGUGAAAUAUAUUUAAAUGUUUGUAUCAUAAGACCUCUAUUUUAAAUAAAGCCUGAGGGAGUACUGGUUAUUAUUAUUUCGAAUAGUGUGUACCCAUAGAUUUUACUUUGUCACAGCCUUAGCUUCUCUAGCAAGAUAUAUGUUUAUAUAUUUAGAUUUAACCUGAUAAUUUAUUUAUUUUCAGGAGCACAGGAAGAGGUUUUAAAGUCCAGAAUUCCAUUCACAAUACUACAAGGAAGAGAAGCUAAUGGUUUUUCAUAGCCAUGGAAGAAGAUGUAGCAGAGCUCGAACUACAGACAACAGAACCACAUGCAUUUUUUCAUGCUGCAGGCAGACCGCAUCUUAAUGGCAAUGAAAUAAUUGUAGAGAUCCAGGAGACUGUCUUUGUUUCUGAUGGUGAUGGAGGUAUGGCCGUACAGGGAUUUUCUGAUGAUGCAGACUCUGUGGUGAUCCAGGAUGUCAUUGAAGAUGUGGUAAUCGAGGAUGUCCAGUGUACAGACAUCAUAGAAGGAUCCCGAGUGUCGGAAACUGUUAUCAUCCCUCAGCAAGUCCUAGAGGAUGAGAUAGAAGCAGGAUUAGAUGAACAAGAGCUCGAAGAAAAUGAAUUAUCUCACUGUGAUGUUUCAGAAAGUGUUUUGGACUCUAGUCUCGUUGAAAGCACCUUGUCUGAUGGAGAGAAUAUUGUUCAUUCUGUCUCUGAAAACGUGGAAGAAGAGAUUACAGAGGACAGUUUAACAGAGGACAUGAUUUCAGAAGAGGUCCUGGUAGCAGAUUGUGCUUCAGAGGCAGUGAUUGAUGCCAAUGGUAUUCAAAUACAGGGACAUGAUGGCGAGGAAGUUAAUUGUGAUGACUAUCUCAUGAUCUCAUUGGAUGAUGCCGAGAAGAUUAAUGAAGACUGUACAGAGGAAAUAACAAUGGGAGGAGAGUUAGACGGAGAUCCUAGCAAACUGGAUGGGUCGUGUCCAGAAGUAAUCAAAGUCUACAUUUUCAAAGCUGACCCUGGUGAGGAAGAUUUAGGAGGAACAGUAGACAUUGUGGAAAGUGAGUCUGAGACUGAUCAUGGAGAUGGACUUCUCGAUCCUCACUCUGGUGGGCGCCUACCCCGGGAAAAGAUGGUUUAUAUGGCUGUAAAUCACUCACAGAAUGAAGACAAUGACCUUGAUGUAGCAGAUAUAGCAGAUGAAGUGUAUAUGGAAGUAAUUGUUGGGGAGGAAGAUGCUUCAGUAACACUAGAUCAUCAGCUGGGUGAUGCUGAACUAAGCAAGACAUUCAUGCCAGUUGCCUGGGCUGCAGCUUACGGUAAUAACAUGAGUAACAGUGUGGAAGGGGUUGAGCACAGGAAUGGAACUGCUAGUGCCCUUUUGCACAUAGAUGAAUCUGAUGGGCUGGACAGGCUAUCUAAGCAAAAACCAAAGAAGAAGAGGAGAGGAGAAAAUAGGCAAUAUCAAACAGCCAUAAUUAUUGGUCCUGAUGGCCAUCCACUUACUGUUUACCCAUGUAUGAUCUGUGGCAAGAAAUUUAAGUCAAGAGGCUUCCUGAAGCGGCACAUGAAAAAUCACCCAGAGCACUUGGCCCGUAAAAAAUAUCGCUGCACAGAUUGUGACUACACCACCAACAAGAAGGUGAGCCUGCACAAUCACCUGGAGAGCCACAAGCUGACUGCUGCUGUAAUCAAAACAGAGAAGGAACUGGAUUGUGAUGAGUGUGGGAAGGUAUUUUUGCACAGCAAUGCUUUGUUUGCCCACAAGCUCACCCACAAAGACAAAGCUGGCAAUAAAAUGCACCGGUGCAAGUUUUGCGACUAUGAAACAGCAGAACAGGGUUUACUGAACCGUCACCUAAUGGCUGUACACAGCAAAAGCUUCCCACACAUCUGUGUUGAGUGCGGGAAAGGUUUCCGCCACCCGUCUGAGCUAAAGAAGCACAUGCGCACACACACCGGUGAGAAGCCUUACCUGUGUCAGUAUUGUGACUACAGGUCAGCUGACUCCUCCAACUUGAAGACUCAUGUCAAGACAAAGCACAGCAAGGAGAUGCCCUUCAAGUGCGACAUCUGCCUGCAAACAUUUGCUGAUUCUAAAGAACUGCAGGCUCAUGCCAUCUUGCACCAGGAAAGCAAAAGUCACCAGUGUCUGCACUGCGACCACAAAAGUUCCAACUCCAGCGAUCUAAAGCGACAUAUAAUCUCUGUGCAUACCAAGGACUAUCCUCACAAGUGUGAAGUGUGCGAGAAGGGCUUCCACAGACCCUCUGAGCUCAAGAAACACGAGGCUGCACACAGGGGAAAAAAGAUGCAUCAGUGUAGACACUGUGAGUUUCAAAUUGCUGAUCCUUUUGUCUUGAGUCGACAUAUCCUGUCUGUCCACACUAAAGAGUUACCUUUCAGGUGCAAACGUUGCCGAAAGGGCUUCAGGCAGCAGACAGAACUAAAAAAGCACAUGAAGACUCACAGUGGUAAGAAAGUAUACCAGUGCGAGUACUGUGAAUACAACACCACAGAUGCUUCUGGCUUUAAACGCCAUGUCAUCUCCAUUCACACCAAAGACUAUCCACAUCGCUGUGACUACUGCAAAAAAGGUUUCCGUCGGCCUUCAGAAAAGAACCAGCAUACCAUGAAACAUCAUAAAGAGGCUUCAUUAGCAUGAUCUAGUCUAUUCUAGACAUUCAAGUGAAUACUAUGAACCCACCCGUUCUUGUAAAGGAGACUGUAUAUUAUUUGUUUUGGUUAUGCAGUUUUCAUGUUUCUAAACGGCUAUUAUUUUUCUUCAUCCAUCGUGCUCUUUGUUUUACAAAUUAAUUGAGUUGCAAAGCUCAGGGCAGUGAUGUAGAUGUUUAUUUUUUUUUUCACAAUACUUAAAAUCUUGGGACAGAAGCAAGUAUCAAAAUUGUGGUUUAUCUUGGGAAAAGCUGCUAUGUUUUGCUAAGGGUAGACGUGCAUUUUAUUUAAUUAUUAGUUCCCGAAGAUUAAAAACUAGAUGUGCUACCUGCAACAUUUGACAAGGCAUCAAAAGCUAACCUAGCAGGAAACUGUUAUUUGCUGCGUUUAAUAGGCUUUGGGAGCUUGGUUAUGUAGCAGAUAGUUGUGUUUUGUGUUUGUUUUCUACAAUGUUAAAUAAAUAUCUCCAUGCACCAGUUGUGUAAGGUUGAAAGGUGGAAAUAACUGUAUAAUGUAUUGGCUGAUUAAAUUCUGAUCAGUAAAUUAGCUUGAAGGGUUAAAGGGUUAUUUCAACCAAAUAACAGUGUUUUUACAAAACCUUUGGUUAGAGUUACCCUUUUUGAAAUGUUCUGCCCCUCCACCCUGUUAAAAAAAAAAAAAAAACACUAAAACUCACCUCUGUACCAUAGCCAAGUCCACGUUCUUCCUGCAGCUCGAUCCUCCUUGCCUGUUUUCACUCAACCUUGCUGGAGGGUUAGGGAAGAUGGGGGCAGCAUGGGAGGGAUUGUCUGGCGGCAGCAUGCAGUGCGUGCUGGCAUCAGAUGCCAAUUUUGCACAUGAUAGACAUUAGCCAGGCCAGAAUGGUGUUCUUGGCUGGCUAAUGAUCUGCCAGAGAUGGAGUUACACCUCCAGUAGCUAAGGGGUUAAUCUCUGUGUGUGCAGCAUUUCAAAGUGAAACCCUGCACAUACAGCCUCCAGGCACAAGUGACCUCUUCAGAAUCAAUUAAGUAGUCAUGGUGCUCGUGGUAACCCUCUAAUUACCUAGAGGUGCAAUUUUCAUUCUAAAAGCAAUAUCUAAAUGCUUUCCCAAUAAUUGUUUCCUCAUU